AUGGCCACUAGCGACCCUACUCUCACCAAACGACCCAAAACCGACAAUGAUUCUGUUGCUGUUGCUGCUGUGACAACAGUAGUAUCAUCACCAUCAUCAUCAUUACCAUCAUUACCAUCAUCAUUACCAUCACAAAAAGCCACUCCCAGCAUCACGACGACGACGACGACGACGACAAGUCCCCGUUCCAUUGUCACUUGGAAUUGCAAUGGGUUCGUCACGAGAUGCAAAUACAAUGUUCCCGAAUUACACUUGUUACAAAAUAAGACCAACCAGCCAGACAUGAUUUGUCUGCAAGAGGCUCGAUUGAAAGCAAAAUCUUCCACCUGUCGGGGGGAACCCAUGGCGUCAGAACUCAAUGGUCCCGUCGAAAAUGUUUUGAACACUGUGUUUAACGAGUACAUUCCCUAUUGGUCCUUGGCGGAUUCGCGGUAUGCGGGAACCUUGACCCUCUUGCACCACAAGUUUCAAACUAGUGUUCAAGUGGCGUAUUCCUUGGAUUCGGCCAUGGAUCUCUUGCUGAAGCAUUAUGAGUUGACACGAGACCAGGUGGUUGGAGUAAAGGCUAGCAUUUCUUCAUCCCAAACAAAGGAUAAUAAUAGUGCAGGUGCUACACCGAAGAAACAGCAACAACAACAAAAAUCCAUUUCGUCCUUUUUCAAGGCCACGGCUCCUUCCUCCUCCACAAAACGACCAUCGUCCUCCAACAAACGGCCUCGAACUACUUCAAGAAAACAGCAGCAACAACAACAACAUCAGGAAGAAGGACGAUUUCAAUUCUUUUUAUUUCCAGACAAGGAUAUUGUUCAAACCUACGUUCCCAAUCAUGGCAUGAAGAUGGAAAAGUGGGAAAAGAGAAAACAAUGGGAUUUGGAGGUUUUGGAAUUUGUCCAACAGCGCCAACUGAUACUGGACCAUGUCGCCAAGACAACCGACAACGACAACAACAACAAUCAUCAUCAUCAUCAUCAUCAUCGUACAUUGCUCUGGUGUGGCGAUUUGAAUGUGGCGCACACGUACAUGGACGGGACCGAUUGGAAGAAAACACAGAAUGGUGGUGAAUUUUAUGAAUGGUGGACGGACGAAUCCAAAUGCAUCAUCAAGAAUAAGAAGAAUGUUGAUUACUAUGAUGAUGAUACAAAGUCGAAAGAUCCACAAUAUGUCGGCAUGCCCAGUUUUACUCCGGCGGAACGAACACGGUUCUCUCGUUUUCUACAAAUAGGCAAGUUGGUGGAUGUUUGGCGGCAAUUGCAUCCACAUCCUUGCGAAAAUUGGAAUGCUCCGCAUUGGACUUGGAGGGGACACCCGGGGCCGAAGAGUCCUUAUGCGAAUCGAGGCCAGCGAUUGGAUUACUUUUUGUUAUCCGAAUCAGAUACAGAACGAGUCGAAUCUUGUCGUAUCAUGGGAACGGGAAACCACAAGGGAUUGUUUUGUGGGUCAGAUCAUUGUGUAUCUUUGCUUGUGCUCAAGGAGAAUGAAUGA